GAAGUGCUUGUGACUGUGUCGGCGGAGCAUGCCAGCUUGAACAUCAACACAUAUAAGCACACGCCAUGAGCCGGAUUUGAGGCUGAAAAAGAGAAGAUACUGGAGAUAGUGAGAGAGACUCGAUGAAAAGAGUGUUGGAGCGCGAGAGAGCUGCCUGAGACUGUCCAAAGGGGCAGAGUUUCUCCAUCUAGUUCCGGUUUGUCAGUCUGCGCUGUGUGCGACUGGGAACCUAAACAAAAGGCUGCCACAAUCCAAAAGGGGGAUAUUCUACAACGAAGAAACCUCGUCUGUGGUUUAAUGCAAACUAAACAAUGAGCUCAUAUUUUGUUAACCCUCUUUUCUCCAAAUACAAAGGCUGUGAAUCGCUGGAGCCAACUUACUACGACUGCAGGUUCCCACAAAGCGUUGCCCGUAGCCACACGCUGGUCUACGGACCCGGGGCAGCUGCAUCGGGCUUUCAACAGCCGUCCCAUCAUGUCCAGGAUUUUUUCCACCCUGGGACCACGGGGAUCUCCAACCCUGCAUACCAACAGAACCCCUGCGCGCUGGCUUGCCAUGGAGACGCAACGAAAUUUUAUGGAUAUGAAGCUCUUCCGAGACAACCGCUUUAUGGUACCCAGCAAGAGGCAAGCCUCGCGCAAUACCCAGACUGUAAAUCGUCUAACGGCUCUAACCCCGGAGAAGGACAAGGCCAUUUAAAUCAGAACUCGUCUCCCACUCUUAUGUUUCCUUGGAUGAGACCCCACGCACCAGGGAGGCGAAAUGGAAGGCAAACCUACAGUCGCUACCAAACUCUGGAAUUGGAGAAGGAGUUUCUCUUCAACCCUUACCUUACACGCAAGCGGCGGAUCGAGGUGUCCCAUGCCCUGAGUCUCACCGAGAGGCAGGUCAAGAUAUGGUUUCAAAACCGGCGAAUGAAGUGGAAAAAAGAAAACAACAAAGACAAGUUUCCGGGUCAAAGAGGGGAGGCGGAUGCUGAUGCCGAGGCUGAGGCGGAUGCUGAUGCCGAGGCUGAGGCGGAGGAGGAGGGCAACGAGGACGGUGACGGGGAAGAGGGGGAAGAGAAAGAAGCGGAAGAGAAAGAGAAAGAGUAGACCAAGGAGUGAUUUUAUGGUCAUUUAUGGUUAUAUGGCAGCAAAAUAGAAAAAAUAGGUCCCAUAUAGUAGACGGUGAGAGGAGAGAAGAAGGCAGAGAGCGUCAACUUUAUGGCCACAGUUUUAUUAGUCAACAAGGGAAAGGGAAUAAAGAUCUCACAGAUAUUGCUAGCAUAAUCAUUUAUCUAUUUCUCCCUCCUCACGAUGCGUUACGGAUACAAAUUAGUUAUUUUGUAGUUUUGGACGUUUCCUUAUAAUAAUAUUACAUUUAGGAAAGGUAAUGGUAGCACAUGGGUAUUCUUUGUAUGGGUUAAUUUAAACGCAUGUUUAAUAGAGUAGGCUAGGCUACUUUUAGAAUAUUUUUUGUUUGUUUUAUCUGACAAAAGCAUAACCAAACAAAUGCAUAUAGGAAGACAGCGCAAGGUCCAACAAACCUUGACCAAUGCCAAUCUAAUCUUGUAAAUACACAACAAAUUCACAAUAGACAUCUUUAGACAUCUUUGCGACAUUUUGUGUGAUUUAAAAUCGUAAGCAAAACGUAAUUAAAAGUAAUGUUAAAUGUUAACAUUGAUUAGCAGCAGGCCCAUAUGUAAAACACAAGUUAUGAUUUUAUUUUUAUUUUUAUUAUACUUCAUUCUCAUUUGUGGUGAAUGGCCAAGAUAAGAAAAUGUAGUUCUAACUUAGAAUUACCAGGGACAUGCUACCUAAACCUGGGAAAAUUGCAAUAGAGAUUUCUAAAUAGAGAUUUCAUAUGAUAUUGUUUUCAUAGUGUUAUAUCAACGUUAUAUGAUUAAAUUAUAUAUCGUUUGCCCAUGAUAUACCUGUGCUUGUUUAAGACAAUUUGUGAGUCUUAGGAAGACACAGUUAGCUCAAAGCCAAUUAAACGAUUUGGUGUUCGAGAUUGUACCACGGCACUACCUACUAAAACAGAGCUUUGCCUUUUACUUAAUUUGUAUUCAAUAAUAAUGGCACUGCUAUGUUUAGAUGAAAACCUAUAUUUUCCCCAACAACUAAAACUGCCUAUAGAAAACGCACAUGACUGUGUAUGAUAAUAAUACCUGCUGCAAUUGCAAGGAUUUUAAGAAGUAAGGAGUGUUAUUUUAAUGUGCUGGUGACAAUAGCGUAGUUUUUUUGCACUGAAUAUAAUCUUUAUGUACGUCUUGUUAUAUUCUUGAUGUUAAUAUGCUCGUUUGCUGGUGUUUCUCAUGUGAACGACGGAAUUGUGUGUCCCCGCCAUUGUUGUUGACAUAAAAAGAUGAAUAAACAUGAUGGCUCACAAUCGUUCCUCUUCUUGGCUGUAAGAACUUGUUGACUGAAUGACUAAAUGACUGAGCAUGCAUGGGCUAGACUACUGUCUGUCCUCUACACUACACCGAGCAACUAAACUAAUUGCUGUAUUUCGAAUACUACUGUAAUUCCACCCCACAGAAUACAGUACCAUACCGUAUUUUUGGAGUGCCCAAAACCUUUUGACCACUAGUGGGUGCAUGGUAUAGUUGUUUCUGGCUCAAUAACAUAUUUUGAGACAUGCCUUGUCAGAGGCUAUAUUUGUUGCACCCUUGAGUGAGAAUGCUGUACCAACUUAACUCCUAUGUGGUUAUCGUGCCCCACCAAUUUAAAAUGUAUGGGGGAAAGAUUGGAGUGGCAGCAAGUCUUAAACCUUAAACCUUAAAUGGUUGAGCAUUUUGCCAUGUUCUUUUGGUCUGUUUUGCUCUGUAGUCGCUGCCAGUUUAGAAGCCUUUGUUAAGGUCUCUAGAAGUUAUUAUAAACUGGGUGGUUCAAGCCCUGAAUG